AUGAUUGUAGCUCAUUCCGAACGCACGAACGGUGAAUCAAGUCGGAGAGACCCCCGGCCGGUUGAGCUGCUUGAUCAACCACUGCACACGAAACGCAAGUUGCGAUUGAUUUGCAUUGGCGCCGGUAUUUCUGGCAUAGCGGCAGCAUACAAGUACGAACGAGACCUCGAAAAUGUGGAUAUUGCCAUUUAUGAGAAGAACGACAAUGUGGGGGGUACUUGGUACGAGAACAGGUACCCUGGUUGCGCAUGUGAUAUCCCCGCCCACGCCUAUACCUACUCCUGGGAAGGAAACCCUAAUUGGUCACGGUUCUACGUUGAGCGCCCUGAGAUAUUCGCCUAUAUCGAGAGCUGUGCCGUCAAAUGGGGCUGCAUGAAAUAUAUCAAGUUCCAACACCGUGUGGUUGAAGCUCGAUGGUCCGAGUCUGAGAAAGGCUGGCAUGUCAAAGUCGAGAAUCAGUCCGAAGGCACCGUGGUCGAAGACUUCUGCCACGUGCUCCUCAACUGUAAUGGAGUCCUCAAUAACUGGAAGUGGCCUGAGAUCAAAGGUUUGCAUGACUUCAAAGGUAAACUCCUACAUUCUGCCAAAUGGGACGUUGAUUGGGACUACACUGGCAAAGACGUCGCCGUGAUUGGUGCUGGAUCAUCUGGUAUUCAGAUCGUUCCCAAGAUGCAGAAAGUGUGCAAAUCAGUCGUGAGCUUCAACAGAUCACCGAACUGGAUCACUCCGGAGUUUAGCCAAGGGUUGGCUUCAGAGGGACGAGCUACAGUCUACACACCCGAAGAAAUCGAGAGAUUCAAUACUGACAAAAAGCUGUUCUUGGAGUAUCGGAGGAGUAUCCAGAAUUUUGGCAGUGCAACAUAUUCCCUUUACUACAAGCAUUCAGAGAUGCAAAAGCAAGUAUUUGCCAAGUAUUCGGAGUUGAUGAAGCAACGACUGAAAGGAAAUGAAGAGUUGUGUGCCAAGCUGAUUCCGAAGUUCCAUGUUGGCUGUAGAAGAUUUACGCCGGGUGAGGGUUACCUCGAGUCGCUGCUUGAACCCAACGUCACCGUUGUCACCUGUGAAAUCGACAAGGUGACCGAGACCGGUAUCGAACUGAUUGAUGGUCGACACUUUGACUUAGACGCCAUCAUCUGUGCCACCGGUUUCGAUUGCUCGCACCGCCCUCCUUUUCCCAUCGUAGGUCGGAAUGGUCGGAAUCUAUCUGAAUACUGGAAAGAAGAGCCAUUGCACUACCUUUCAGUGACAGCUCCCGGCUUCCCGAACUAUUUUAUGACUGGCGGUCCGAAUAGCCCAAUUGCAAAUGGAUCACUCAUAUCUGGAGUGGAGACUGAAAUUAACUAUGCCUUCAAAUGUAUCUCGAAAAUGCAGACCGAAAACAUAUCCAGCAUGGAGCCUACCGAAGAGGCCAUGUGGGACUUCAUUGAGUACAGAAACGUACUCAUGAAGGAAAUGGUGUGGAGCAGCACUUGUCGUAGUUGGUUCAAGAAUGGCAAAGUGGACGGCCCCGUCAUUGGCCCCUCGGUCGGGUCAACCUGGCACUUCAAUGAGGUCCUUAAGGAUCCUCGUUAUGAGGAUUAUCAUCUCACUUAUUGCACACCAAAUCGCUUUACCUAUUUUGGAAUGGGAAGAACCAUUGGGGAAAUUCAAGGCGCUGAUAUGGCAAUCCAUAUCACCGAACCGGGCGCGUAG